UUAACUCUUCCCCAGCCCCAGCUCCCACGCGAAAGGCUGGCCUCUGGCCAGCAGGCAGGGCAGAGGGAGCGGGAGGGUCUUGCUCUCAGCCACAGUGGGACCUGGGGCGAGGGAAGGAGCAUCCCAGAAAAGGGGUCCUGACUCUGGGGACCUCAGCACCUGCGGCUGCCGUCCAGCCUCCUGCUGUGGCCCUGACAUCACCAGGCAAUGGGACUUUGACUUAACAGAGGAAGGAAGGAUCCGGGCUGGAGGCAGAUCACAAUGAGGACCUAGGACAUCGGCCUGUUGACUAUCCCCCCUGGCCUGGAGUGACCAUGGCCCCCCGCAAGAGGAGCCGCCAUGGCCUGGGCUUCUUGUGCUGCUUUGGGGGCAGCAGCCUCCCUGAGAUCAACCUCCGGGACAACCACCCUCUGCAGUAUAUGGAGUUUUCAAGUCCUAUCCCGAACCCAGAGGAGCUCAACGUCCGCUUCGCAGAGCUGGUGGAUGAAUUGGAUCUCACCGACAAGAACCGAGAGGCUGUGUUUGCACUGCCUCCGGAGAAGAAAUGGCAGAUCUACUGCAGCAAGAAGAAGGAGCAGGAGGACCCCAACAAAUUGGCGACCAGCUGGCCUGACUAUUACAUUGACCGCAUCAACUCUAUGGCGGCGAUGCAGAGUCUGUAUGCCAUUGAUGAGGAAGAGACCGAGAUGAGGAACCAAAUUGUGGAAGACCUGAAGACAGCUCUCCGGACACAACCCAUGAGGUUCGUGACUCGUUUCAUUGAGCUGGAGGGUUUGACCUGUCUGCUGAAUUUCCUCCGGAGCAUGGACCACGCCACCUGUGAAAGUCGUAUCCACACCUCCCUCAUCGGUUGCAUCAAGGCUCUGAUGAACAACUCCCAGGGGCGGGCGCAUGUGCUGGCGCAGCCAGAGGCCAUCAGCACCAUUGCGCAGAGUCUGCGCACAGAGAACAGCAAGACCAAGGUGGCCGUGCUGGAGAUCCUGGGUGCUGUGUGCUUGGUUCCUGGUGGCCACAAGAAGGUUCUGCAGGCCAUGCUCCACUACCAGGUGUACGCAGCUGAGCGGACCCGCUUUCAGACAUUGCUGAAUGAGCUAGACCGAAGUUUGGGCCGGUACCGGGAUGAAGUGAAUCUGAAAACAGCUAUCAUGUCCUUCAUCAAUGCUGUCCUCAAUGCUGGAGCUGGAGAGGAUAAUCUGGAGUUCCGCCUUCAUCUACGGUAUGAGUUCCUGAUGCUGGGGAUCCAACCUGUGAUUGACAAACUCCGGCAGCAUGAGAAUGCCAUCCUGGACAAGCAUUUAGACUUCUUUGAGAUGGUCCGGAAUGAGGAUGACCUGGAGCUAGCCAGGAGGUUUGACAUGGUCCACAUUGACACCAAGAGUGCUUCCCAGAUGUUUGAGCUGAUCCACAAGAAGCUAAAGCACACUGAGGCCUACCCCUGCUUGCUGUCUGUUUUACACCACUGUCUGCAGAUGCCCUACAAGCGUAACGGUGGCUACUUCCAGCAGUGGCAGCUCCUGGACCGAAUCCUUCAGCAAAUUGUCCUCCAGGAUGAGAGGGGUGUGGACCCUGACCUGGCUCCCUUGGAGAACUUCAACGUCAAGAACAUUGUCAACAUGCUCAUCAAUGAGAAUGAGGUGAAACAAUGGCGAGACCAGGCAGAGAAGUUCCGGAAAGAACACAUGGAGCUGGUGAGCAAGCUAGAGAGGAAGGAGCGAGAAUGUGAGACAAAAACAUUAGAGAAGGAAGAGAUGAUGCGGACACUGAACAAGAUGAAGGACAAGCUGGCUCGAGAGUCCCAGGAGCUGCGCCAGGCUCGAGGACAAGUGGCAGAGCUGGUAGCCCAACUCAGUGAAAUCUCAACAGGACCAGUAUCUUCCCCGCCUCCCCCUGGGGGCCCACUUACCUUGUCUUCCUCAAUGACAACCAAUGACCUGCCUCCACCUCCGCCCCCUCUCCCAUUUGCCUGCUGUCCCCCACCUCCGCCACCACCUCUUCCACCUGGUGGGCCUCCCACUCCUCCUGGUGCCCCACCAUGCUUCAGCAUGGGCCUGCCUCUCCCUCCAGACCCCUGCCCCAGCAGUGAUAUCCCACUCAGGAAGAAGUGUGUUCCCCAGCCUUCCCAUCCACUGAAGUCCUUCAACUGGGUCAAGCUGAAUGAGGCACGUGUCCCUGGCACCGUAUGGAAUGAGAUUGAUGACAUGCAGGUAUUUCGGAUUCUGGACCUAGAGGACUUUGAAAAAAUGUUUUCAGCUUAUCAGAGGCACCAGGAGCUGAUAACUAAUCCUUCUCAGCAGAAAGAGCUGGGCUCCACAGAGGACAUCUACCUGGCCUCCCGCAAAGUCAAAGAGCUGUCAGUCAUUGACGGCCGAAGGGCACAGAACUGCAUCAUCCUUCUCUCCAAGUUGAAGCUUUCUAAUGAGGAGAUCCGGCAGGCCAUCUUGAAGAUGGAUGAACAGGAGGACCUCGCUAAGGACAUGCUGGAGCAGCUCCUCAAGUUCAUUCCAGAGAAAAGCGACAUCGACCUGCUCGAGGAGCACAAGCAUGAGAUAGAGCGGAUGGCCCGCGCUGACCGCUUCCUCUAUGAAAUGAGCAGGAUUGACCACUACCAGCAGCGACUGCAGGCCCUGUUCUUCAAGAAGAAGUUCCAGGAGCGACUGGCUGAGGCAAAGCCCAAAGUGGAAGCCAUCCUGCUGGCCUCCCAGGAGCUGAUCCGCAGCAAGCGUCUAAGGCAGAUGCUUGAGGUCGUCUUGGCCAUCGGCAACUUCAUGAACAAAGGGCAGCGUGGGGGAGCCUAUGGGUUCCGGGUGGCCAGCCUCAACAAGAUUGCAGAUACCAAGUCCAGCAUUGACAGAAACAUCUCUCUGCUCCAUUACCUGAUCAUGAUCCUGGAGAAGCACUUCCCUGACAUCCUGAACAUGCCCUCGGAGCUACAGCAUCUUCCAGAAGCCGCCAAAGUCAACCUGGCAGAGCUGGAGAAGGAGGUGGGCAACCUCAGGAGGGGCCUCCGAGCAGUUGAGGUGGAGCUGGAAUACCAGAAGCGCCAGGCACGGGAACCAAAUGACAAGUUUGUCCCAGUCAUGAGUGACUUCAUCACCGUCUCCAGCUUUAGCUUCUCAGAGCUGGAAGACCAGCUGAAUGAGGCCAGGGACAAGUUCUCCAAGGCCCUGAUGCACUUUGGGGAGCAGGACAGCAAGAUGCAGCCAGACGAAUUCUUUGGAAUCUUCGACACCUUCCUGCAGGCCUUCUCGGAGGCCCGGCAGGACCUGGAGGCCAUGAGGAGGAGGAAAGAGGAGGAGGAACGGCGGGCACGCAUGGAAGCCAUGCUGAAGGAGCAGCGGGAGCGGGAGCGGUGGCAGAGGCAGCGGAAGGCCCACGCGGGCAGCACGCUGGAGGAAGGUGGCGAGUUCGAUGACCUGGUGUCAGCGCUGCGCUCUGGGGAAGUGUUCGACAAGGACUUAUGCAAGCUAAAACGCAGCCGCAAGCGGUCGGGGAGCCAGGCCCUGGACGUCACCCGGGAGCGGGCCAUAAGCAGACUAAAUUAUUGACCUGGGGACUGGCCGCAGCAGGAGGCAGGAGACGGGGUGGGCCGAGGGGCUGAGCGGAGGCGGCCGGGAUCCUUAGACAAUUUGGUGCUCGGUUUAAACGAGCCCUGGGCUGGGCCCUGGGGUGGGGGCGGUGUAUGGCAGGACCAGGGGUCCCCGCACUUACCUGAAGGGGCUUCUUGCAUCUCCUGUUCCGUUAUUCUUUCUGCAUCCCGACCCCCCCAGGGUCACUCCAAGGCAGACUUGGACAUCCCUGGCAGGUCCUGCUGAAGGAGCCCUGCCCCCCAGACAAGGGCAUGUACAUGUUGGCACACAACUGUUCCAGAUCUAGACUGGACAGGUCCAUGGGCCUUGUCUGGAUUUCAUGUACAGUAGGGAGUUCAUGGUGGGGUGGGCCCCCUGAGAGCCAGUGAGGGAAUGCAGGCCCCCAUCCACCAAGAGGAGGCUUAAUGGAACAUGGAUCUGGGAGCAAGCUUUCCUCUUGGGUGGAAAGGAAAGAGGCAUUAGAUACUCUAGAUAGGUUUCAGAAAAAGUGUGGGGAGGACGAUGCAGGGACCAAGUCAUCAGGACAUAGAGUAGCAGAGCCUGUUUCCUACAUCACAAGUCCCUUGGCCCCUCUCUCACGUGUAAGACUCUCUCCCUCCCUUCCCUACUGCCAUCUCCCUCCUAUCUACUAAUCCUUAAUCCCAGAACACUCACCUUUGGGUUACCACAACUAUGGCUCACGAUCAGGUACUUGAUGAAUCUGGUAAGGGAAGGGGUUCAAGAAAGACUCCGAUCAUCACCACACCUCAUGCCUUGGGCCCACAGACCCUGGAACAAAACUCCUCACGCCUCCUCUGUACAACCCAACCAUUGUCUAUAACCACAUGCAUUGGCUGGGAAUUCUGAUAGCUCCUCACUAGAGGGCAGCACUUGAACGCCUAGCUCCACUCUGGUGCUCCCUGUCUACCCCUUCAUGUUCCUCAGACCCCAAACUCUUUCUCUUAAGGUCUGCCUCAGGGCAGAAGCCACGGGGACCUCCCCCUCUGUCCAGCCUACAGAAGGCCGCUUCGAACCACGUGCACCUGGCUAAGGCUGGCCCUGGGGUGUCUUUUCCUGAGAUGGUCCAAAGGGCCAGAGCUGCCCUCUGCAUUUACAUGCCAUCUCUGAGGCAUUCAAACUGGGAGCCAGAGCAGGCAGGGGAAGCUAGGGAGAUGGAAUAUGGAGGAAAAGGGCCAAGUUCCCUGGGGGUGCACUGCCUGAAGGAAAUCAAGGGCAGAAGGCUGGGCACCAGACAUGGGGGCUGGGACCCACCUCUCAACUCAUUUCUUCAAUGUGACUUCCAAGGGAUCAUAUUCUAGUCCUCUGAUCCACUCCCACCAUCCAUGGUGUUCAUUUUGAGCUGUCUUUGGUUGGGGGGGGGAUCAAUGGCUGUGUCUAAACAAAACUAUCUUCUGAAAGAAGGAAGGAGAGGUCAACUCCAUCAAGGUUUUUGUUUUCAAUCCAUUUCUUCCCCCUGGAAGUUGACCUUUCAUCCUCAGAGUCCAGCCCUCCUGACUCUCCCUCAACCAGCUCCUGGCCAUUCUAUCUCCCAGCCCUUGUCUGUGUUUCUCACCUUUCAACCUACUCCUCCAGCUCAGGGUUAUUGCCAGUGGCCACACUGGUGGGCUAGGCCCACUCUUCAGCUGCUUAUCUCAUCUUUUCCCUACAUUAGACUCGGGGGGGGGGGGGGUAGGGCCAGAGUAGCUGUGGUGGAGGGGAGAAACAGAGUUGGUGAGCCCAGCAUGUGUGUUGGUUUGAGGGGGGAGGGAUGUGAGCAAAUGCAAACCUGGCCAGGCUAAGGGGAAAGAGGCCAUCCUGGAGUCCAGCUGAAGGCAAGAUGAGGGCUUUGGUCUACCCAUCUGUCCACCAGACAGCCCCCACCGCCAGAAGCUGGCACUGGGAUUGUGGGAAGGUCAUGGGUGGGGUCUCUGAAGUUCCUCUCUCAAACUGGCUGGGCUGAGUCAACCUCCCCAGCAGGGGACAGGGGAGGGCUCUGUUUCUAUCACCAGCAUGUCCAAACUCGGGCCUUCCCACAUGCCACGGAAGACUGGAUUUUCCAGGAAAGACAAGGAACAUAGAAGUUGUUCAAGGUAUUUUGGAUCCACAGAAAAGCACACUUUGGUUUAACUGUUUACAGAGGACACAUACCUUGUUCCAGGGCUCAGGCUUCUCUCCCCAAGGUUUUUUUUCCUUCUCUAUUUAUUGUUUUCUAGCUCUGGCCAGUAGAAUAGCCAGAUCUACAACCGUGCCUUGGACCACUCACCAUCCCAGUUGCCUCAGCAAGGAGGGGCUGGUGCCCCGUGGAGCUGGGGGAGUUGGUCCUGGAUAUGCUAAAUGUUUACGCCUAUUACACUUGUUCCUUAGUCUUUGCCCAGUGUCCUUCUCACCCCUCCUGCUCCCUUCAGGUAAAUUUCUCCAGCUGUCUAAUGUUGUGUCCAAUGUAAAAUUCAGUUAACCUAAUCCAACCUGUCCCCUUCUCAGGAGCAGCAUCCACCCCCCGUCCCCAGUGAGGGAAGGUAGGUUUUCUGGGGCAGCAGGAGGAAACAAAAUUCUCCGGGUGGAGAGGGUAGGGUCUGGUCCAAACUCUCCCCACCCCCAUUCCAUUUUUACCAACUGGGGUGCCAUGACUGUUCCUCUAGCCUCUACGCCAUGGCUGCUGUCACCAAGCUGUCUCGGAUGACAAGUGAGGCUAAUGUACAAAAUCGGCAGCGUCCUUUUUACCUGCACCAUUUUUAUAAGAAUAUAUUGUAAUACUAAAAAAUAUUAAAUCCAUACCAUCCCCCUCCA